GCACGAGGCCCCCGUAGGCCCUUUGUCUGCAACAGGCGCAGCUCCUAUUGGCUGGCUCUGUAAUUGAACGUAAUGCGGUCCGGCCAAUAGACAACGUUGGAGGACCGAAAGCAUUGUGGUCCUCCAGCCAAUCAGAGCUCCCCAUUGCGUGAAUGCGGAAGUUGGCCCAUUCUGAGGAUGUUCAUUGCCGCUGUGCCUGAAGUAACAUCUCUCCAGGAGACACCGUCCGGGGUUCCUGUGUGUGGGGACUUCAGUUCAUCAUCCAACCUGGAGGGCCACAAGGACAACAACACCGAGGAGAAGCCAUGGCUGUGUGGGGACUGUGGGAAACGAUUCAAGUUCCCAUCUGGGCUGGAGACUCAUCGGCGUGUUCACACCGGGGAGAGGCCAUUCAUAUGCUCCGACUGUGGGAAGGAUUUCCCUGACUCCUAUUCCCUGCUGCGACACCAGCGAGUUCACACUGGGGAGAGGCCGUUCACUUGCUUCAGGUGUGGGAAGGGAUUCAGUCAGUUAUGCAACCUUCAACAACACGACAAAAUUCACAGCGGAGAGAGGCCAUUCAUCUGCUCCAAUUGUGGAAAGGGUUUCGAAAAUUUCUCUGCCCUACUGACACACCAGCGAAUACACACUGGACAGAAGCCGUUCACUUGCUCGGAGUGCGGGAAGGGGUUCGAUCAGGCUGCUUCGCUGGUGGCCCACAAGCAAGUUCACAGCGGGGAGAGGCCAUUCUCCUGCUUCAGGUGUGGGAAGGGAUUCAGUUUGCUAUCUGCCCUUCGAAAACACGAGCAGAUUCACACCGGGCACAGGCCAUUCACAUGUUCUGAGUGCGGGAAGGGGUUCGCUCGCUCCUCUUCCCUACUGUCACACCAGCGAGUUCACACCGGGGAGAAGCCAUUCACCUGCUUCGCGUGUGAAAAGACAUUCUGUCAGUUGUACAGCCUUCAAAAACACGAGAGAACUCACACCGGGGAAUGGCCGUUCACCUGCUCGGAGUGCGGGAAGGGAUGUAGUUCAUUAUCCAGACUGCUGGCACACCAGCGGGUCCACACCGGGGAGAGGCCAUUCACCUGCUCUGAGUGCGGAGAAACGUUCAGCGAUCCAUCCGGGAUGCGGAGACACCAGCGGGUCCACACCCGGGAGAAGCCGUUCACCUGCUCUGCAUGCGGGAAGGGAUUCGCUCACGCCGGUGACCUCAGAACUCACCAGCAACUUCACACCGGGGAGAGGAGGUUCACCUGCUCAGAGUGUGGGAAAGGAUUCACUCAGUCGGGCCCACUGUUGACCCACCAGCGCAUGCACACUGGGGAGCGACCAUUCCCCUGUACCAUCUGUGGGAAAGCAUUCAGGGACUCACCAACUCUGCUGAGACACCAGCGAAUUCACACCGGGGAGAAGCCAUUCAUCUGCUCUCUGUGUGGGAAGGGAUUUAUCCAGAGGUACAAGCUGUGGAGACACCACAAAGUUCAUCAGCGAAGACAGCAGUUGGACGCUGUUGUUCAUUGCUGCUGAGAAUCACAUCCAGGACCGAGCCUUGUUCAUUCGGACAGUGUGAAGUGGGAGGGACAGUGGGCAUUUUAUUGCAGUGGGGCUGACACUGUUUCAGCCUGGAACUGCACAUUUCCUCUGAAAUGAUCCCCAGCAGCUGACGAACAACAUUUGUUUUAUCCUGUUUAGGAAAUAGGGUUUGCCUAUCACUGCGGGUAUGUCUAAAAUCAACACAUGACAUGGCAUCUCAGAGCAGGAGUACACCAUUCAGUCCCUUAUGCCUGCUCCACAAUUUACUUCCAUCAAGGCUGAUCGCAUGUCGGCCUGAACUCCACUUUCCUGUCUACCUUCCAUAACCCUUCAACCUGUUACUAAUUAAAAAUCUGAAGCUGGAUGAACACAGCAGGCCAAGCAGCAU